CUCAGUUCCUGAAGCGUGGGCGCGAGGCACGCAUCUCGACAAACACCCGCGAAGACGACCCCCUCGGCGAGAUGCGCGCGCCCAUGGCGUUGACGGUCCUCGCGGCGUCGUUCCUGAUGACGCGGGUCUGCACCCACAUAAUCGCGUGGCGAGAAACGAGGAGGGAAGGACCGAUACGGGACGCGAUCGAGAGCGGAGCCGCCGCCGAGUACAACAAGGACGACUGCGUCUGGAGACACGACCGUGACGUUUGCCCGGAUCCGGACGUGCACGUGUACCUGUACACGCCGGGCCGUCCGCGACGCCUGCUCGACCCCCUGGAGCAGUCGGACUGGCUCCGGCAGGAUUACGAACCCACCAAAGACAGCGCGAUCCUGAUUCACGGAUACGCAGGUGGCGAUGACGCGUUGCCAAUGGCGAUUUUACGAGAUGCUUACCUGAGGAACGGCAGCUAUAAUGUGUUCCUGGUCGACUGGGGGGCUUUAUGCGCCCGGCCGUGUUACCCGGCCGCGGUGGCGAAUGUACGAUCGGUAGCGAGGUGUCUCGCCGGCACCCUGACGACCUUAAGACAUCUUGGCCUGCCGAUCGCCAGAACCACCUGCGUCGGGCAUUCACUGGGCGCUCACGUUUGCGGCAUUAUGGCUAAUUAUCUUCUCUUCAGAAUGCACAGGAUAAUCGGCUUGGAUCCCGCGCGUCCGCUUGUCCGACCGGGUCUGGUGAACCGUUUGGACGCCGGCGACGCCGACUUCGUCGAGGUGAUGCACACCAACGCCGGAUACUACGGCGAGGUCGGUCGCGUCGGCCACGUGGACUUUUGCGUGAACGGCGGCAAGGUGCAGCCAUUCUGCGCGGAUCGGGAGAUGUACCAGCUGUGCAGCCACCUGUGGGCGGUCUGCUUCAUGGCGCAGAGCGUGGACGACGGCGGGACGAGCCUGAUCGCGGAGUCCUGCUCCAGGAGAUGCCCGUCGGGUCCGAGAACCGCCGCCCGGGCGGGUGAAUACGUAACGAUGGGACAGCACACCCCGAUCAACGUUAGAGGAUCCUUCUGCUUCAGCAAUCCCGAUCCGCCGUACUGCCCGAGAUACUGGAACGGCCACGGCGACGAGAGAUGCUGCAUCCCGGAGGUAACGAGCAAGGAGGAGAUAGAAGAGAACGACGUGAAGUAUGACAACUCGACGAAACGCUUAAAAUCGACAAGCCGUUCUAACAAUAAGUCGAAUUUCGAGCUCGACCUAACGCGACUCCGAUACAUU